AUGGACAAGAUAUCCGUGACACAGGUAAAUGACGUUUUCUACAUAGAUCAAUUCGAUGGUAAUGCACAUAUUCGUGGAACCUUACAUUUAACUCUGACGCACAUAUUUUUUCUUGGAUUAUCUCGAAAACAGGAAAUAUGGUUACCGAAUCAACUAAUUUCUUCAGUUGAACGUCUACCGUUAACUACUGGUGGUGCACCUUUGACUAUACAACGAGAUUGUCACGAUGUUUAUUCAACAUUGACACGGUUACUUCGUGUUGCACAUGUGUCUGCACUCCCGUGUUAUCAAUCUGUUCCGCCGGAUUGUUAUUGGUCUCGAGAAGAAGGCUGGUCAACAUUUUCACUUAAGUCUCAGUAUGAUCGAUUUGGAUUACCUAAUUAUUUUUGGAGUCUAACUAAUGUUAACAAAAAUUUUGAGAUAUGUGAUACUUAUCCACCCGUAUUAUAUGUUCCAAGUAUGGUAUCAAAGAAUAUUUUGUAUGGAAGUUCACGUUUUCGCAGUCGUGGCCGAUUCCCUGUCUUAACUUACUUACAUCCAAAUGGGAAGUCAGCUUUGUGUCGAAGUAGUCAACCGUUAGCAGGUUUUUCAUCGAAAUCAACCGAAGACCAAGUACUUUUGGAAGCUAUACGUAAUUCAAAUCCCGAUUCGAAUAUAUUAUAUGUUGUUGAUACGCGACCAGCAAUUAAUGCAUUUACUAAUCGUGCACAAGGCAAAGGUUAUGAAGAUACAAAUGUUUAUCAAAAAUUACUAAAAGUGUGUUGUAAUCCAACAGUUAGUGUGGAACAAUUUACUUCUGGUUUAAAUAAAUCUGGUUGGUUGAAACAUUUACAUGCUAUAUUAGAAGCAGCUUAUUUUGUCGCAAAACGAUUAGAUGAAGGAAAUUCUGUACUUGUACAUUGUUCCGAUGGAUGGGAUCGUACUGCUCAAGUUUGUGCCCUAGCUCAAAUUAUAUUAGAUCCAUAUUAUAGAACAUUUCUAGGGUUGCAAGCUUUAAUUGAAAAAGACUGGAUACAAUUCGGUUACAAAUUCACUGAACGAUGUGGUUUAGUGUCAGGUGCUGAUCCUCGUGAAAUCUCCCCAAUAUUUACACAAUUUCUUGAUUGCUUACGACAUUUGCUAGAAAUCUGCCCAACUAAAUUUGAAUAUAAUAUUAAAUUACUAAAGUAUUUACAUGAUCAAAUUUAUUCAGCCGUCUAUGGAACAUUUAUUGGAUGUAGUGAAAAAGAAAGAGUCAAUUUAAAAGUUCAACAAGGCACUUACUCUUUAUGGGGUUAUUUAAAUCGAUAUCGUGACAGAUGGAUCAAUCCAUUCUAUGAACAUAAUUCUGUAUGGACAGAUUUUUCUACUGACGGGGGUGGCAGGGGUAACUACAAAUACAAUACAUCAUCUCAUUUUGAAACCGAUGAAUUAAUUACUGUUGGAAUUGAGUUGAUUAAUGAUGGUAAAGGGAAUAGUCGAUAUGCAGCGGAUAUACUACCUGUAUAUAUUCUAUGUGCACCUUUAUUUCGUUUAUGGCGUGAUCUUUAUUUACAUUGGGAAUGGCGUUUGCCUAAAUACGAUUUACAACGUGAAAAUUAUGUUUCGGAUUAUUUAUCCGGUCUGUCAACUCUACUCGAUCACAAUCGACUUUUAGAGGCUAGAAUCGGUCAGUUGCAAGAGUUAUUGAAUUUUAAAAUUGUAUUUGGCAAGAAUAAUCUAUCUAAUUCAAUGGAAAAAUCUGUCACAUCUAAGCUUAUGAACAAUGAUGGAAAUGAACAGACGAUCAUAGAUACUAUCUCCAAUUUAUUUCAUUUUCAACGUACAAUCACAUCGUCACCAACCCUUAACAAUAAUGCUAAUAAUCAUUCUCGUGUUCUUACAAAACAGAAUUCACUUACGAGUGAUCAAAAGCGUUUAUCUCAACCCACCAUUGGACAGUUGAAAUGUGAGAUGAGUAUAAUCAACGUGAACUGGACACAUUGCUUUAAAUCGGGAAGUUUUUGCUGUGUAUGUAAUAGUUUGUUAGCUUUGUCAAAUCAGUCGGUUCAUUGUCAUUCAUGUGGUAUGCUUACAUGCUCUCGGUGUAUUCACUCAAACCCACCAAAAAUUCCAAGUUUAUGGUCAAAUGAACAAAGAUCUGUACAGUUUUGUAAUCUAUGCGCUUCCGGAUUGCGUAAUUUCUGUAAUUACAGCAGCAGUGCUGGCAGUUCUCAUUUAAAACAUUUCACUCAAAUGGAAUCACUUGAAAUUCCUGCUACUACGACUACUGCAUAA